AUGGUCCUUCGGGAUGUCGUCGACGGCAUCCGCAAGCGAGCAACGACCGAGCCCAUGGACGACGCUGAGCGAGAAGGCGUGGAACAAACAAGCACGAUGGCAUUGGCAGAACGAGUUUCACAUUUCCAGAGGAGGAGUUCUAGGUCUUAG